AUGGUUCAAGGCGCAGGAGCCGCGAUGGAGCCUCAACCACAACCGCCCUCGCCCAAAGCAAGAUCGCUCCCUGACCUCGAACCAUCACCCAAAUUCAACGAACCUGAAGCCGCACGUAUGUCAAAAGACGACCUCAACGCGACACCCACGACUCCGCGUCGUCCCGACUUCCUUUCAAGAGGCCUGUCCCUGCAAAUGCCGCCUCGAGAAUCGCCUAUGCCCAGUCCCGCUCACUUUGCUGCGCGGGUGCCACUUUCACCGCAAUUAGACUCACGGAAUACCUACGCGUCACCAGCCUCCCUGUUGCCCCGACGGUCUCGCGGUGCUGAAUUCUCCAGAGCCUGUACAAACCUCCACCAUUCGACGCUUCCGGAUCAAUCGUCGCCAGACUCGUCGCCUACAAUCACGCAAAAGGGCAUCAAGAUACCAGCGCGGAGACCUCGUUCCAACUCGAUGCUGCUGGACUCGCCUAAUAUGGCAUGGAAUAAUGGCGAUAGAACCGCCCCUUCAAGCUCGGUGGGAAGCAUCAACAUGAUGGGCUCAGAAGACUCCAGCAGCUCUUCGGACGAGGUGGAUCCAUUGGACCCUGAUGACCACGACGAUCCCAUGAUCAUGACUCCACAGCCAAAGACCAACUUUUUGUUCCCAGGACUCAACACCAACGGCGGCAACUGGUCUAAUCUCUUCUCACCUGGUGGACAGCCUAAUUUUGCAAGCAUGCAUCGAGCGAGGUUGCGCAAGGGUCGAAGCCGAAAGAGCUCGAGCUCAGCUAGCGGGCAUAGCUCAAUGGCGAGCCCUGGCCCUGCUUCACCGCCAAAUGGUAAAGAAACCGCGUAUGCUGCGCGAGAAGCUGCGAUGCGAAAAGCUGGUUCGCGACGGGAGAGCCUCUCACUCUUCGCAAAUGAUUUACAUAUUUCAUCUGGCAAUGAUAGCGGUGAUGAAGCUGCACAUAGACCCCAAACUCCAGGUGUGGUGAAGCGGGCGGUUACGCGGAGGGGCAAUCUGCUUCCAAAGUCGAGACAAUUUGGUCGCAUCAGAGCCGAGCUAUUCGAAGAGGCCGCUCCCGUUGAUAGCGAGUUCCGCCGUGAAGCCGAAAUCAUCCGACAAGUACGAGAAAGCGAUGUAGAUACAGACCGGACGUCAGUCACAGCACAGUCGUCGCCCAGUCUGUUGCCUACUGUACCUGGACUUGAUGGUCCGCUUGAGGGUGUGCCAGAAGAAGGUAGCGAGAGCAACAUGAGUCUGGAUGGUUCGGCAACCAAGGGACUUUUCGGUGCACUGGGUAGUCUGAACAAUAGUCGCAGCUCUAACAAUGGCUUCUGGAACCAUCGCGCAACCCAAACCCCGCCGCCUCCAUCCUUUCCUCGCGGAGAGUCAUCUGCAAUGAGUGAAGACAUGAAUAUGGAUUCACCAACUGGGCCCACUGGAGCUGAGCACAACGCGACGUCUCGAGCGUCCACUCCAGGCCCAAUGCAACCUCCGACAGCGGCUGAAGCAUUGAAAAAGUCCAACAAGCGCCGACGAGACGACGACUUUGACGAGGCGUCGAUCAAACGUCGAGCAGUAUCACCUGGUGUCAGUGUUCAUAACAGCCCAGUCAUCUCUCAAUCACCCGCGCAACGAGACAACACUUUAUGGGGCACAGCCAAAGCUGGUAGAGAAACUUCAAUCGGUGGCCAUUCAAAUGGCGAGCGUUCCAACAGCGCAGGCAGCAUGAGUAUGAGCAUGACUCCAACCCUGGGCCCAAAGCGGAUAGGUCUGCAGGGUAUGACGGACACGAGCGACGGCCUUAUGAAAAUGAGCAUUGAAUAGUUGGAAGCAUUACUUUUUUUGUAUAUCAAAACAUAAAAAGCGCGGCGUUAUUGUUUAACAAGCUUUUGCUUGUCAUAGAUACCCAAACGUAUACAUGAUGUUAAGUCCUA